AUGAGUCAUCAUCAUGGGCAGCAGCUGUCACCGGCCAGCAGCACACAUGCGUUUUUGGCGUGCUCCGCGUUUGAGUUUGGCGGGGACUGCGCGCACCGUGAACCUGAGAGCAUCGGUGGCGGCAUCACCGCCCUACAAUACCCAAUGAAGGGCCUGCGUGGCCACUGCGCCAAACCCUUUGAGCGCGCUGUGGUGCGUCUCACGAGGGAGUCCCUGUCGGUCUACCGCCCCACUGACCCCGGGCUCCACGCUGAGUUGUGCUGGCGCAGUGUGCGGGAGCGACGCCGCCACAUGUCCAGGAAGGGGGGGCGGGUGUUGUACGAAUUUGCUUUCUUUACGCACUCCAGCAUUCUUGUUCUUGAGGUCGCGGACGCCGGGAUCGCGGGCGGCAUCGUCGCGGCGCUGCAGCUCCUGAAUGGCUGGGACGUGUCCUUUGCACUCCAGGCGCACGCCGCAGAGACAGUGGCGGCGACGACAGCAGACACGGCGCGUGCUCGCACGAUUCAGCGGGGCGAUCAGGGGGGCGAAGCGCUGCGUCGCAUUCGUGUGCGUGAGGAGGAAAUGCGCGAGGCCAUUUUCUACCUGCCGUCCCGUCGGUCGCCCGCAGCCUCGUUGCGAACUGAGCAGUGGCAGCCAACGCGCUCGCCGCCGUUCGGGUCCUCGUCUCCUGCGCCACGCCCCAAGUCGCAGCCGCUGCCUCGCCACCCUACUGCAGCUGCAUUGGCGGAGGCGAGUGCGCCGUCUCUGCCACGGUCCGUGUCCGGCCCACUUAGUGGCGCAUCUACCUGCUGGAGUGGGGCGGAGACAGUCGCCGAGGUGCGUGCGCUUCUCCAUCUUUUGGAGCAGGAGGAGAAAAAGUCCAGCCUCUCGUUGAAGUCUCAGGGGGAGCGCAUUCGCGCCCUCCACCUCAUAGAGGAGACGCAUCUCCCCCAGCCCUCGCACCAGCAGGUGGCAACCACCAGGGGCGCCCCAUCUUCACUUGACGGCCAGCAACAGGCGCACACGGAAUUUCAUGAGGAGGACGGAACAGAGGCGAUUCAGACGGUGAGUCAGGGUGGACACGCACUAACCGGGCGACCUCCGCGGGCAUUGCAAGAGACGCAGCCACCAUCGCAGCCUGACCGGCGCCAGAAACUGUCGCCACCACCACCACCACAACAACAACAACAACGGCCGUUCACUGGCAGUGUGGGGUCCACUGAACUCAAUAUGAAGUGUGAGGGACGGCGGGAUAGCGAGGCAGCCACAUCCGCCUUGGCAUCACCUGACCAGCAAGUGGGGAAGAACGAGGCGGUUAAUGAGGCGAGCCGGAUAGAAUUACAGCGCGAAGCUGAACAGCACAAAACACAACUGUCUAGCGGUAAACCUUUGCUGUUGCAGUCGCAGGCUCUGGCACAAGAACAGCGUGACUUGGCCUUGCUGCAGGAAGGAGAAGCAGCGGCGUCACCAGAGUCACAACCGCUCGUGAAGACACCCACCUCUUGUGCAAAAGCUGCUGCUACAACUGUGGCUGAGGCACCCCCGGCGACGAAAGCGGGUGGUGGCGUAGUGUACGGCAGCUGGAAAGAGCUGCGCCACAAGCCAACUGGGAGGACAUACUACAGGCACAUUGUCACAAAAGAGGCACAGUGGGAGGCGCCAUCGGAGGUGCUUGAAAUGAAGAAGGCAGCUGCAGCAACGCAGCAAGAGGUGCAGGAAGAGCCGACUUCAGUGAAGAAGGGUGCCCUACGGGUCUGUGGGGUGUGGAAGGAGUUUAGGGACCCAAAGAGAGGCCGCCUUUACUACGUCAACACUGAGACCAAGCAACGCACGUGGAAGAUGAAAGAUACGUCCUUCGCAAACGAGUGA